GUAAAAGUGGAAAAAACAACAAAAAUAAAAAAAAAAUAAUAUUGCAUGGCCAAUGCCAGUGGCUUAAAGGCAAAAGCAAACACAAAACAAAAAUAAAUGAAUGUGGCCAUUGUACGAGUAUAUGUGUUAGUGCCGGAUUUAAUUGGCAAUGAAAUGGUAAAAUAACAAAAGGCAACCAUUACAGCAUGUUUUUGCAGGCGUGCGCGCCUAAAAUUAUGUGACUCUGUGCCAUUUUUUUGCCAUAAAACACACAUAUGCGUCAAUUUUUGUGCUUGUGAUCAAAAGGGUUUUGGUAUUUUACUAAAUUGUAGGGGAUUGAAGUUGUAUAAAAAAUAUUUAAACACAUUUAAAUAAAAUAUAAAAAAAAAAAAUAUUUAAAAAAAUUAUAAGAAAAAUUAUAAAAAACUUAAAAAAUAAUAAAAAUAAAAAAACAAAAAAUCACCAAAAAAAUAAUUAACAAAAAUUAAACCAUAAAAAACUAAAAUUCAAUUUCAAAAUUGCUGCCUUGCAACACCAACUCGCAUAAAACAGCCCAUGACCAAUUAAGGCGGCCAUUAAACAAAUUUGAAAUGCGUUGUAAAAAAUGCAGUGAAUUCAUUAUUUACAUUACGUUUAUUGCGUUUGAUUGAAAAAAGUAUUCGUGUGUGCAGUGAGUUGCAUUGAAAGUGUUAAAUAAUUAAGUUAAUCGUUUUGUGCGCCUAUAAAUAUGCUAAGCUAUUUUCAAUGGGAGUACAUGCAGCAUUUGAAUAAUUAAAGGCUCAUAAAUCUCACAAUUGCAAAGAUCCACUUAAACCAACUGAGAAUUCUUAAAAGAACGCAAAGCGCAGCAAACAACUUUGAUAUGUCUCCAUGUUUCAAUCUGCAAUAGACAGUUAGUGCCAUUCGCACUGAACACAACUAAUCACACACAUUAAGACUUCCUGAGCUUCAUGCGCAUGCGUCAAUGGCGAUAAUAAGAUAUGCACGCACACCAGAUGUCGCCAGCAGCAUCGGUAGUACGAACAGCACCACCAUCACUACCACCAACACCACCAGUACCAACAUCAACAAUAAUAGCAAUAACAACAGCUACCUACCGUAUGCACGGCAUAACAGUAGUAAAGCGGACGCGGCUGCGCCCUCAGAACCAGCCGCUAACGUUAACAGCUCACUCUACUACUGGGAAUAUGCAGCAGAGGAGUUGCCUGAGUUUUCACUGGUCGCACCAGAGUUAGAACCUGCCAUACAACAACUCGCUGUAGUACAAGAACCCGCGUCAGCCUCCUCGUACGCAUAUCAGGAAACGAAUGCCCGCGCGGACAAUCACACGACGGAAGUGCAAGGCGAGCCACCGCCUUCGUUCUAUACGAGCUUCAAUAUUUCCGAUGAUAUCUUCGAUUACUUCAAUGGAUUUCUGGAGAGCACCGAGCAGCAGCAGCAACAGCAGCCGUUGUUGACCACCACCAGCACAGAGAGCAUAGCCAACACGAUCAGCAAUAGCGUGGCCGCAGCGAAUCUCACGCUCACGACGUACGUGCAGACUGUGAGUAAUGGCUCACGUGAUCCGGCUUUGGGUGAAUUCCUCUGUCUGCUGCCUAACGAGCGCAUUUCGUUGCUCUCAUUUCUGUUUCUCUUCUCUUUCGCCACCGUGUUCGGCAAUACACUGGUGAUAUUGGCCGUUGUACGUGAACGUUAUCUGCACACGGCUACCAAUUACUUCAUCACAAGUUUGGCGGUGGCCGAUUGUCUGGUGGGCUUGGUUGUGAUGCCCUUAUCGGCGCUGUACGAAGUGCUUGAGAAUACGUGGUUUUUCGGCACGGACUUUUGUGAUAUCUGGCGUUCGUUGGAUGUGCUCUUCAGCACCGCUUCCAUUUUGAAUUUAUGUGUGAUAUCAUUGGAUCGCUAUUGGGCCAUCACGGACCCUUUCUCGUAUCCGAUGCGUAUGACGGUAAGGCGCGCCGCCUGGCUCAUCUGUGCGGUGUGGGUGUGUUCGAGUACGAUUAGUUUUCCGGCGAUUGUGUGGUGGCGUGCGGCGCGCGAUGGUGAAAUGCCCGCCUAUAAAUGCACAUUUACGGAACAUCUCGGCUAUUUGGUCUUCUCAUCGACGAUCUCAUUCUACCUGCCACUACUAGUUAUGGUCUUCACCUAUUGCCGCAUCUAUCGUGCGGCGGUAAUACAAACACGUUCGCUGAAGAUCGGCACCAAACAAGUGCUGAUGUCAUCGGGUGAAUUGCAAUUAACGUUACGCAUACAUCGUGGUGGCACGACACGUGAACCGUCGACGAGCACGUCACAUCAUCCGACCAUACAUGGUUCACUGGGUGGCGCUCCGAGUGGCGUGGGCGAUGGCUCACAACAUCAUCGUCAUCUUUCGCAUCAUCAUUCGGCGCAUCACAAUCACAGCGCAUCGGGCACGACCACCUCAACGCCCGAGGAGCCCGAUGACGAACCGCUAUCGGCGUUGCAUAAUAAUGGUCUGGCUCGUCACAGACAUAUGGGUAAGAAUUUCUCUUUGUCGCGGAAGUUGGCGAAAUUCGCCAAAGAGAAGAAAGCGGCCAAAACGUUGGGCAUAGUGAUGGGUGUGUUCAUCGUUUGCUGGCUGCCCUUCUUCGUUGUUAAUCUGCUAUCCGGUUUAUGUGUGGAGUGCAUCGAACAUGAAGAGAUAGUGUCGGCGGUGGUCACUUGGUUGGGCUGGAUUAAUUCAUGCAUGAAUCCGGUAAUAUAUGCUUGUUGGAGCAGAGACUUCAGGAGAGCAUUUGUGCGUCUGCUGUGCGUUUGCUGCCCGCGAAAAGUGCGCCGCAAAUACCAACCGACAAUGCGUUCCAAAUCGCAGGUAAGUUGGUGGUGUGCCAAAAUGUGGCGCGCUGCCGCAAUUGCUUUUGAGGUCUACUGCCUUUCUUUUAAAAAUAUAUAUUUCUUUUUGUAUUUUCUCAAUUGCUUUUGGUACAAAAUUUAUGCGUUAUUAGUGUUGUUUUUGUUACUGCGUUAGCAGUUAUUUGCUUUUAAGCCGCUAUAAUUCGUUUAUAAGCUAUUUAUGUUUGUGGAAAUUUAACAGUUAUUUUUUGUAAAAACAAAAUAGCAGAGAAACCAAAACAGACAAGCAAACAACCAAAUAAUACUUUGUCUUUUUUUAAACUAACAAAAAUAAUUAAUACAUUAUACUUACAAACAUAUAUACAUAUAAACUAUAAUAAAGAGUGAGAAGAAAACACGAAAUAAAAUCGCUUAAAUAAAACCGCAUACCCAACCAAGCGAACAUGAUUUACAACACAAUCAAAAUGAAUUAUCGAAUCCGCAAAAUCCACGACAAUCCCACUGAAAUUGCACUACAACAAACACAUAGACACACAUACAGACAUGCCGAAGAAAUAAAUGAGUGAGUAAUCAACAAAAUUCCAGCGUUGCUCAACCAUUUCCGCCGCAGCGAGCCAAUGCGCCAAUGCGCCAACGAGCUCGAGCCAGAGCUGUGUCGCUAUCAAAUCAAGUACAGCGUGGAAGCAAAGCGAACCAACAAUAAUAAUAAUAAACAACAAACAAAUUGAAUAAAUAAAUAACAAUAAGAGCUUAGCGCACCCCUCAACCGACAACAUUUCGAUUGCCCUCCCCCUCUCGCAUGCCACUUCCGUUGUAGCGAUUUAAAGUUUCAAUUUAUUUUAUUUUGUAUUUUUGCUUGUUGUUUUUGUUUUUUUGUUGGCUUUCCUUUUUCCUGCAAUUUGAUGCUCAGCGCGGCAUUGCGGCUACGGGUCACCGAAAUACCGAAGAGUAAAUUGAAACUUUUUAAUUGCACCAACUGUCGAAGAGUUUAUAAUUCAUUACCAAGUUAUUUACGAAAACC